AUGCGGUUAACCCUUUUUUCUUUUUUAUUGAGAGUCCUUAUAAAAGGACCACUUCUUCUAAUACCGGGGCCUGGGGUUUUGGAUUUCUUUCUUUUUUCGGAAAGUUUUGCCCUUUGUCUGGGCAGUAAUGAGGGUCCUCCCUUAGCCAUACCCGAUUCUCAAAAUACUUAUUGGGAAGAACACGCAAUAGAUGUUAUUUAUCAAUGGGGCCAGGUUCCAACGGAGCAGCCCAAUGGCCAUCCCAUGGUCAACCAAGAAUUCCACGAUGACCAGGAAGUAGAUCAACCCCAUCCCGCCAUAGCGAGAAUGGAGUAUGAUUCUACGGAAUACAAGGAUAUUUCAAGACUUUCUAGGUUGUGUGAGAAAUGGCAGGAGAAAAUAUUCCAACGUGUCCGAAACGGCUUACCGCAGCAGGGAAUUUUGAUUGAAGAUGAGAUUGAUAUCAAAAGAGCGUUAUCCAUGUUUUUCUUUGAAAGUGAAGAAAGGGAGCCAAAACAAAGGCUUUCCUUUCUUCGUCGUACUUAUUCAUCAUUAGAAAACCCAAACAGUCCUAAAUGGCUACCCAUUAUUCGCGAGAUUGAAAAUCUAUUAAACAACUAA